UUUUAAGCCCCAAGACAAGAAGAAGAGUCAGAGAGAUCGGAAAAGAAAAAGGUAAACCACCGCUAAACCCUAGCCGCCGGCGAGAUCGGUCGGCCGACGCACCCACCUCAACUCAGGUAUCGACGGGUCGACCCCCUCUCCGCCCAUCUCUCUGCUGUUCGUGCGGAGUCCCUCUGUGAGUAAUUUCGAACCUGCUCGAUCGGCCGGAGUCGCGCGCGGAUCGGAUCCUGUUGCGGUGGUAGUAGUACUAGUAUCCAGUUCUCAUUAGGGAUCCUGCCUGCCUGUUCUUGUUGGGUGGGUGUAUGCUCCAAUCACUAAUCAGAGCAGAGCAGGGCAGGGCAGGGCAGGGGAUUUUUCGCCCUUCCUAGUCGAUUUUACCUUGAAUAUCUUGGUCCGCAUCCGCGCGUCUUCUUCUGAUUAUUAUGCUGCCGAGGGCACCAGAUCGAUCAGGGCUUAUAAUUAGUUAAGACACGAACCCGGCUCCGCUGUCGGAUCACCCGGCUGUAGUACAGUCAAAUCAGGGGCUUAUUAAUCAGCUGCAGGCUCCGCUGUCGUAUCACCCGGCUGUAGUACAGUCAAAUCAGGGGCUUAUUAAUCAGCUGCAGGCUCGCACACAUGCAUGUCGGAUCAGCAGAUCACACCGCUGUACAGUACAGCCGAUGCCAGGCCACACGGCCGCUGAAAAUUUCAGGCAUCAGAUCGGAGUGUCCGAAUUGCUCUGCUUGUUCUGCAGAAAACAGAGCUUCUCUCGCCUCUGCAUUAGCUGCCCUGUUUGACUUAUGCACCAUGUAUAAUCCUCCUCUUAUUACUGUAUCCUUUCUCUUGUUGAAUUCAUGCUGAUACAAACUGUUUGAAAUAUGGCUUCACCGUUCGGGGGCGCCUCAACGUGUGGCCUCAGUGCCGCCGCUCCUUCCGGAUUCGCGGCCAGGAAGCAGCUCUCCCUCGUUUCGCCCCCGUUGGUCUCGCUGCCCAAGAGGGUCAGGCCGGGGAGAAGGUGCAGUUUCCGAGUGAACGCUGCAAAGGAGCUGUAUUUCAACAAGGACGGGUCGGCUAUCAAGAAGCUGCAAACUGGAGUCAAUAAGCUUGCUGAUUUGGUUGGAGUUACUCUUGGCCCAAAAGGACGGAAUGUCGUCCUUGAGAGCAAAUACGGGUCACCUAGAAUUGUCAAUGAUGGCGUCACGGUGGCAAAAGAGGUUGAGCUGGAGGACCCUGUCGAAAAUAUUGGAGCUAAAUUGGUCAGGCAAGCUGCUGCUAAGACCAAUGAUUUGGCUGGUGAUGGAACAACCACUUCUGUCAUCCUUGCUCAGGGGAUGAUUGCCGAGGGUGUUAAGAUUGUUGCUGCCGGUGCUAAUCCAGUACAGAUUGCCCGUGGUAUUGAGAAAACAACCAAAGCACUAGUCGGUGAGCUCCGAAAGAUGUCCAAGGAGGUUGAAGAUAGCGAACUUGCUGAUGUUGCUGCAGUAAGCGCUGGAAAUAACUACGAAAUUGGCAACAUGAUAGCUGAUGCUAUGAGCAAGGUUGGGCGACAGGGGGUGGUUACACUUGAAGAAGGGAAGAGUGCCGAAAACAACCUCUAUGUGGUUGAAGGGAUGCAAUUCGACCGCGGCUAUAUUUCUCCCUACUUUGUAACUGACAGUGAAAAAAUGUCAGUGGAGUAUGAGAAUUGCAAGCUGCUUCUUGUGGACAAGAAAAUUAACAACGCCAGAGAUCUCAUCACUCUUCUGGAGGACGCUAUUAAGGGUGGAUAUCCAAUUCUAAUAAUCGCAGAGGAUAUUGAGCAGGAAGCUCUUGCAACUCUUGUGGUCAAUAGGCUUAGAGGUGCACUGAAGAUUGCUGCUAUUAAAGCCCCUGGUUUUGGAGAGCGCAAGAGUCAAUAUCUGGAUGAUAUCGCCACUCUGACGGGAGGCACUGUCAUCAGAGAGGAAAUUGGACUGUCCCUAGACAAAGCAGACAAAGAAGUCCUCGGAAAUGCUGCCAAGGUUGUAAUCACUAAGGAUUCGACAACAAUUGUAGGAGAUGGUACUACACAGGAGGAAGUAACGAAAAGGGUUACACAAAUCAAGAACCAAAUUGAGGCUUCUGAACAGGAAUAUGAAAAAGAAAAGCUAAACGAGAGGAUAGCUAAACUAUCUGGUGGUGUUGCUGUCAUUCAGGUAGGAGCACAGACUGAAACCGAGCUCAAGGAAAAGAAACUGAGGGUUGAAGACGCACUGAAUGCAACAAAGGCCGCUGUGGAGGAAGGUAUUGUUGUCGGUGGUGGUUGUACCCUUCUAAGGCUUGCAUCAAAAGUUGAUGCCAUUAAAGAAACCCUUGAGAAUGAUGAACAGAAGGUCGGUGCUGAAAUUGUGAGGAAAUCCUUGAGCUAUCCACUUAAACUGAUCGCGAAAAAUGCUGGUGUCAAUGGCAGUGUGGUCACUGAGAAGGUCCUUGUGAAUGACAACUUCAGGUACGGCUACAAUGCCGCUACAGGGAAGUAUGAGGAUUUGAUGGCUGCUGGCAUUAUUGAUCCCACCAAGGUUGUGAGGUGCUGCCUGGAGCAUGCCGCAUCGGUGGCGAAAACUUUCAUCACCUCGGACGCCGUCGUGGUCGACAUCAAGGAAUCUGAGAAGGCGCCUGCCGCAAACCCAAUGGCCGGUUCAGGUUAUGGGUUCUAAAAUCUACAAGGAGACAGUAGCGCUGUUUUGGUGUCCCUUGGCAGCAUGCUGCGUCGGAGGUUAUACUUUGAGAAAAGAAGCUUGGGUGCCAUUGUGUCGCGGGUCGAAGCCAGAAACUAAAUUUUUUGGUGCUAUUGUCGGGAACCCGAAAGUCAGAACGUGAGUCUUCUUUUAAAAUUUUACGCUAGCAAUCUAGUCCUGAAAGAAAGUCGACACUAUUUUUUUUGCGAGAAAGGGAACACUGUAUUUGUAGGCAUAGGUAAUUUAUUAGUGAUGUUCCCACUCAAUUAAUUUAUUGCUUAGUCUUGUGGUAAUGCUGGCUGUUUUUUUUUUUGAGACGGUAAUGCUCGCUGUUGUUCCAUA